AUGGCUGCUAACACGGUGUACAGGUCAGACACAGCCGGUGUAGCAUCGGUGCAUACGGCGAACACAGGGGCGACGAUAGAUGGCGGACAUAGCUACGAAACACAAGCCCACCAUCCGUCGCAGCUGUCCUUUGCGGCCUCGUCGAUGCAGCUGUCAUCGACGCAAGUGGACCUCACAGAGAUUGAUGGUGGUCUGGCAAUGCUGUUGGAACGGUCUCGGCAGAGCCUAAACUCUUGCAAGGAAACGGUUUCUUUCCUGAAGAAUCGGUCCAAGGUCGAGGAGGAUUACGGACGAAGCCUACAAAAGGUCGCGCAGCACACACUAAAGAUGAUGGACCGCUCAGGAGCCGGGCAAAGCACGCAGUACGCGGCCUGGCAGCGCCUGGUGGAAGUACACGAAACACUUGCGUCGAACCGCAUGAAGUUUUCAAUAACCCUUUCCGAGAUGUCCGACUACCUGGGCAACUACGUCAAGACCAAAGAGGGCGUGCGCCGGCGCUUGAAGGAGACCGAGCAAAAGUACCAGAAGGCCAUCGAGGACACGGAGGUGCUGCUGGAGAAGGCGCGCGUGAAAUACGAGAUGCAAUGCGUGGAGUGGGAGAAGCUUUUGGUCAGAAGCAGCAAAAACGAUGCUCCCGGCGGAGGCGGGGGAGGGGGGCCAUCGUCGGCACUGUCAAAGACCAAAAACGUGGGCAAUGCAGUUUCGGGCAUUUUCAGCAAGCACAAGGGGACGACACCAGAGUCUCUUGAGCGAAUGGGGCAGGAGGCCGGGGUUAAGGCCAAGAUGGCCAACGAGGCGUACAAGCGGCUCUUGCACCAGACCAACGCGAUGCGAAGGGAUUUCUACGAUGCGCAGCUGCCCAAAAUUUUGGCCAGCGUCAUGGGGCUCAUUGAGGAGGUCGACCAGUUCCUCAAGUUUAGCCUGGGAAAGUACGCGUACACGUACGAGUCGGCGGUGCUGGCAGAUGCCAUUACGCUCAAGCCCAUGGACGGUAGUGGCGUCGGCAUGGUCGAGAUGGUUGGUGAUAUCGACUCCAAGGCUGAUCUGGACGCGUACUUGCAGGCGACAGCCAAGUCCGGCGGCCGCAUUAACCGCGCGAGCAUCCCAUACAGAGAGUACGAGAUGUCGUCGGUGGCGCGCAUGUACGCUAACCCCAAGCACAUAUUUGGUGUUCCCCUCGACGUCCAGCUUGAGCGCGACCAGCGUGAGGUGCCGACGAUCCUGACCAAGUGCGCUGAGGCCGUCGAGUCGUUUGGCCUGCAGAACGAGGGCAUCUACAGGCAGUCCGGGCAGAGCUCGCAGGUGACCAAGCUGCGCAACGAGUUUGACCUGGACGCCGAGCAGGUCGAUCUGUGCUCUGGCUCGUGCGCCUCGGACAUUAACAACGCUGCCAGCGUACUCAAGAUGUACCUGCGCGAGCUUCCCGGUGGACUUAUUCCUCCAGCGCAGCGCAGCGCGAUGCUGGAGUAUUUCCCCUCGGAUGAGUUGGACGACGGACACAAUACGCAGGCGAAUUACAGUAGAGAUGAAGAUCUGGAGCUGGCGCAGAAGAUCAGUGGGCUGGCGGAUGCUAUUAGGUCGUUGCCACAGGCUUACAAAACCACGCUGGCAUUUCUGUUCACGCACUUGGAUAAAGUGCAGGCUUCCAGGAGUUCAAUAUGA